AUGGGCUACAACGCCAGGGAGGACUACAUCUACGCCGUGAGCCAGGCCAGCACCACGCCAUACGACUUCAAGUUGAUCCGCAUCCUCGGCAACGGCGCCACGCAGGACGUCGUCACCAUCAACAAGUUCUCGAGCACGGCCGGCUCACUGUUCAACUCGGGCGACAUCGACGAGAACGGCCAGUACUGGGCCUCGACGGGCGGCGCCGACUAUUACCAGUACAACGUCAACCCCGGCACGGCCGGCUACGGCACCCUGGUCAGCAGCGGGCUCCUCGCCGGCACCGGCGGCUACACCAUCGGCGACUGGACCUACGUCCCCGGAACCGGCGGCGGCGACCUGUGGUCCGUCGGCGUCAAGAACUUCUCCUCCUUCCUCCUGCGCUUCAACCGCGUCACCCGCGUCUUCACCGUCGUGCGCGAGCUCGGUAAUCUGACGAACACGCCCACGACGAGCGGCUCGACCGCGGCCUUCUGGGGCGCCUCCUACGCGACCACCGACGGCUUCCUCUUCGCCUUCGAGAACAACUCCGGCCAGGUCUGGCGUAUCUCCGUCGACGGCUCCGUGGCCAUCAAGAGGGUCGCCGACGCCCCAGUGAGCAGUCAGAACGACGGAGCACGCUGUGUAGAUUCCGCCAAUAUCGUGGUCCCCGGCGGUUAA